GGGGGGAGCCCCCGCGGCCCCCUCCCUGACAGUGGAUUCGGCCGCGGACGCUGUGCCAUUGGCCCUGGCGGCCCGGUGGGCGGGAAGAUGACAUCAGCGGCAGGUUGGAUUAUAAAGGCACCAGCCGAGCUGCGGACUCAGAGCGCACCCAGCCGGCGCCGCGCAGCAGCAGGGCCCGCGUUCGCCUAGCCAGCCUGCUCCGCGUCUGCCGCUCGGACUGCUCAGCGGCCGUCCCGGCUGCAGACUGCGCACCUCUCCACCCCACCGGCACCAUGCACCUCUCCCAGCUGAUCGCCUGCGCCCUGCUGCUUACGCUGCUCUCACUCCGGCCCUCCGAAGCCAAGCCCGGGGCGCCACCGAAGGUCCCGAGAACCCCGCCAGGGGAGGAGCUGGCGGAGCCCCAGGCAGCUGGUGGCAAUCAGAAAAAGGGUGACAAGACUCCAGGCGGCGGGGGAGCCAAUCCCAAGGGAGACCGAUCGCGACUGCUCCGGGACCUGCGCGUGGACACCAAGUCCCGGGCGGCCUGGGCCCGCCUUCUGCACGAGCACCCCAACGCGCGCAAAUACAAAGGCGGCAACAAGAAGGGCUUGUCCAAAGGCUGCUUUGGCCUCAAGCUGGACCGGAUCGGCUCAAUGAGCGGUCUGGGAUGUUAGUGCAGCGACCCCUGGCGGCGGAUUGGGAACUGCUCCGUGCGCUGAGGUCAUCCUUGGUCAUCAGCCUCCAGCAUCUGGAAACACCUCCAACGCAAUGUGGCUUUUACAUUUCUUUUUAUUUUUUUUUCCUCCUGGUACUGGCAAUACACAACACCAGCUGUUCUGUUAUUAUUUGGGGAGGGGAGGGUAUGAUUUUAUUGUUUGGGGUUUUUUUUUUGAAAAAUGAAAAAUAAAAAGUUAUAUAUUAUAUAUAUAUUAUAUAUACAUGAAACACACACUCCUACACCGACUUGAUGACAAGGGACAGUUUUUAAAGUGACUGACAAAGCCAGCUGUAAAACAUUGCUGUUUGUAAAUUCACGUCAUGCAUAAAUGUAUUUAUGUUGUAAAGCUAUUUAUAUUGUUUAUAAAGAGAUAUUUAUAAAAAUUUUAUUUAUGUAACUAAAUGAAAGAAGCCAACCAUUGUAAUGUUUUUGUCCUAACUAGUUGAAAAAAAAAUGUUAAAAAAAAAAAGCCAUUCCACGAACAUCU